AUGGUGCUGCUCACGCCAUCUCUCGGCGCAUUGCAAAACUUGCUCGGUGUCUGUGAGAGGUAUGCAGUGGACCAUGGGCUCAGAUACAAUGCUAAGAAGAGUGAAUUCCUAAUCUUUAAGGCAGGUGCUAAGACGUACGAGGUUGUGCCACCAAUUGCUCUAUGUGGCACUCAUUUGAACCGAGUGAAGCAUUUUAAGUAUCUGGGCCACUGGGUCACUGAGGACCUCUCGGACAAUAUGGACAUAGAGAGGGAGAGGAGGGCGUUGUCCGUUCGCUGCAACAUGUUGGCUCGGAGAUUUGCAAAGUGUACUAGAGAAGUAAAGCUAACGCUAUUUAGGGCAUACUGCCAGUGCUUUUACACCUGCAAUCUCUGGGUCAAUUAUGCCCAGAGGACGUACAGCGCACUCCGUGUGCAAUAUAAUAACGCAUUUAGAGCGUUGCUGGGGCUGCAUCCGAGGUGCAGUGCUUCGGGCAUGUUUACGGAGGCGGGAAUUGAUGGCUUUCAUGCGAUCAUGAGGAAGCGCUGCGCCUCAUUGUUAGAAAGGAUGCGCGGGAGCCCUAGCAGCCUUCUAAAGGUGUUUGCCGAUAGGUGGGAUUCACCCAUGCAAAAACGAUGGAUCGGACUUCACUCGACGUUUGUAAAUUUUAAUUGGUAA